AUGGCGAGCACCCCAGAAAAGCUGGGAGAUGGCCGCGAUGCGGUGACAUCCGAGGCCUCGAGUGCUACCAAGCAAGAGAUCUUCGACCCCAGUUUGAAUGAAAAGCUUGGCCAGAAGGAUGCUCAACUCGAAAAUACCGACGCUUCGGGUCGAAUCGAGCUCACGGAGGAUAUGUGCUACGACAAGCUCGGAUACUCCUUCAGCGAGAAACGCAAGUGGUUGAUCAUUACUGUCAUCUUCUUGGUCCAGACCUCCAUGAAUUUCAACACCUCUUUGUACUCCAACGGUCUUGGGGGGAUUUCCGAGGAGUUUGGUGUUUCCAAGCAAGCCGCUCGCUGCGGUGCAAUGAUCUUCCUGGUCUUGUACGCUUUCGGUUGUGAGUUGUGGGCACCAUGGAGUGAGGAACUCGGACGCAAGCCCAUCCUUCAGGCCUCGCUAUUCCUCGUCAACAUCUUCCAAUUGCCAGUGGCUCUCGCACCAAACUUUGCUUCUGUUAUGGUCGGCCGUGCUCUGGGUGGUCUCUCCUCUGCGGGAGGUUCAGUCACUUUGGGUAUGAUUGCUGAUCUUUGGGAGGCUGAUACACAGCAGUACGCUGUGGCUGCCGUCGUCUUUUCCUCCGUUGGUGGCUCUGUUCUGGGUCCCGUGGUUGGUGGAUUUGUGGAGGCUUUCCUCCCCUGGCGCUGGAGCAUUUGGAUCCAGUUGAUCUUUGGUGGCUUCGUCCAGAUCAUGCACUUCUUGCUUGUUCCCGAGACCCGUACCACCGUGAUGAUGGACCGGAUCGCAAAGGAUAUGCGCGAGAGCGGCGAGAACCCGAACAUCUACGGCCCUACCGAGGGCAUGUCCUUCCGCGAGCGCUUCCCGCCCCGUGAGCUCAUGGCUACCUGGAUCCGCCCCUUCCGCAUGUUCCUCACCGAGCCCAUUGUAUUGACCCUGUCUCUGUUGAGUGGCUUCAGUGAUGCUCUGAUUUUCAUGUUUGUGCAGUCCCUGUCGCUGGUGUAUGGCCAGUGGGGAUUCAACACUUGGGAGAAGGGUUUGGCCUUUAUUCCGAUCCUGAUCGGCUACUUCAUUGCCUGGAUUUCGUGGUUCCCCGUCAUCAAGCGCAACGUGAAGGAACGCCGGGACCAUCCUGACAGUGAGCGCGCUCAAUAUGAGUCUCGUCUGUGGUGGCUGCUGUACACCGUCCCCUGCUUGCCUAUCGGUUUGAUUGGCUUUGCCUGGACUAGCCUGCCUCAAUGCCACUGGAUUGGCUCCAUGAUCUUUGCUGCCAUUAUUGGUAUCGCCAACUAUGCGAUCUACAUGGCAACAAUUGACUAUAUGAUUUGUGCUUACGGACCUUACUCUGCCUCCGCGACUGGUGGUAAUGGUUGGUCUCGAGACUUUUUGGCUGGUAUCCUCACCAUUCCCGCUACUCCGUUCUUCGAGAACAUCGGUGGCAAGUACCACCUCGAAUAUGCUUCUACUAUUCUUUUCUGUAUCUCGUUGCCACUGGUCAUCGCCGUCUACGUGAUUUACUGGAAGGGUCCUGUCCUGCGCAAGCGCUCCCCCUUCGCUCAGCAGCUCGAGGAGGCCCGCCACGACAUGGCCAUCCAGGGCCGUCGCGUUUCCAAGGUUCCGGAAGCUUCGCGUGCCAACUCAUAUGCCCGGUCUCAGCAGGAUCUCCGCAUCCGGCAAACCAUGGGCAGCCGCCCCGGUUCGCGCGUCACCUCCCGCGCCAACUCUCGUGUCAACUCACGCCGCAACAGCUUGGUUGGAGGAGUUUAA